CUGACCGCAGGGGGAGUGCUGCCGACACACAAGUGCAGGAGAGUUCAGAGAAUCAGAGAGAGUGGGGGGGUUGGUGACGGGAUUUAGGCAGGGGAGACAUACUUCUGAUGUCACAGCCUGGGUGUGGCGACAAGGUGGGCCCUUUUAACCUAUGCUGAUGUAGAUCAGUCUGCCUGACAUCUCAUGGGAGUUAGACAGCAGGAUGGAAAUGAGUUGAGCCCAGACUGCCUUCGUAACAGAGGGUGUCCACCAAAACUAAGGCACCGUCCCCACCAGGACUAAAAGAUCUGGAUUCCCCAGGUUUUUCUCAGUGGUACCCAGGAAACCCUCUUUUACCCAUGGAGCCAAACGAGAAGCCUAUCGACAAAGACCUCUCCCUGGUCGUGGUUUUGCCCGGAGGAGUGGAAAAGAUGACGACGGUGCACGGCAGCAAACCCCUGAUGGACCUCCUGGUGACACUCUGUGCAAAGUAUCACCUGAACCCGUCGAGCCACACCUUAGAACUGGUCACUGCCAACCGGAACAACAUAAAGCUGAAGCCUAACGCUCUGAUUGGAACUUUAGAUGCCGAGAGGAUUCUGAUCAAACCCAAAGGGGAGGACAAGAGCAAGAAGACAAGUUCUCAAAUGCCUGAGGCAACUGUUCGCAUGGUGAUAAACUACAAAAAGACCCAGAAAACUAUACUGCGAGUCAAUCCCAGAAUUCCCUUGGCAGAACUCCUACCAGCCAUUUGUGAAAAAUGUGAAUUUGACAUCGGGUCCACGGUUCUGCUCAGAGAUAUUCAGUCUCUAUCACCUUUGGAUCUGUCCAGCUCUCUUAAUGAUUACGCAAUAAGGGAAGUCUAUGCAAGAAACACAAACGCGCCGCCGUCUUCUCCUUUGUGUCCGGCCUCACCGGUCCACGCAGGAACCGUUAUUCCGGGGAAAGAUAAGAAUCAGAAGGAGAAAGAAAACAAAGGCCUCUUCAGCAUGUUUAGAAAAAGCAAGAAAAACUCGGAGCGGGCAAAAACGGCCAGCGCGCCGUCUUCUCCAGUACUCGUGAGCAAACCUCGACCGCUCAGCAUGGCCUUACCCAGCACACACUCGCCUUCGCUCGGUGCUCCCACCAGCCCCGUGGACACUCCGAAGAAGAGACGAGCACCUCCACCCCCACUCCUGUCGUCUCAGAGCUUAGACCUCAGCGCCCGACGGAGAUUCAACUCUGAACCCAACAACCGGCUGGACAGUGAUCAGGCGGCUGGAUUGAACCGGGGGUCCUUCACCGACUCUUCACUGAAAAGAACCAAACGCAAGGCUCCUCCACCUCCCACAUCCCCAAGUCCCGUCGUCCAAGACUCAGUCUUCUUUGAUGAAAAUGCAGGAGGAGCAGCAGCCAACACACUGGAAGAAAUUAUGGAGCAGGAGGAGGCGGCGGCGGCGGCGGCGGCUCAUUCUGUAACGUCUACUUCGGCCAACGGCGGCCAAGGAGACGACAGCAGCAUUAGCACUUCAGCUGACACUGUCACUGCAUCACUGCAUUCCCCGUCCCCAGACACUGACAUACUGAGCACGGUGUCAGCAGAGGCUGGUGAGGACGAUCUGUCCUCCGAUGGCAAGUCCGAACUCAAUCAAAUGACAAGUCGCACGAUUGACUCUGAAACUGUCGGCACAACAUCACCUGACAUGGAGGAGAGAAGCGCCCCUUCGUGUCAAGUUAAUAGUCUAAGCCAACAGCCAAUCAGUGAAGGGCCUGCGAGUGAGAGUGUUGAAGUUGGCCGCGCUGCUGAGGCCGAUGGAGUUCAAGACACAGAAUCACUGGCUGCUGUUCAGGAAAACACUGAAACCCCCGAGGGGCAGACUAGCGGGCUGGAGAACCGAGUCACUGUCAACACGUCGCACCCUGGUGGAGAGGAUGCUGAAGUGCAAACAGAUUUCACGCCUCUUCCUGUGCCUGCGCAACAACAAACAGACCCAGUUCCCUCAGGAACUAACGUGCCUUCCCCUGAAUCUCCAGGAAAGAAAGAUAUGUCCACGCUGACGGAGGAGUGGAGCCUGCCUGACCUCGACAAAUCCACUUCCUCCGACCUUUCCGAGACUUCCUCAGGUCCAGACUCAACAGCUGGUGCCGCUGCUACAACGAAGGCACCUUCUGUUUAUGCCACGGACGCUGAGCCAAAGCCGAAGCCAUCCAACGAAUUGACCAGAGACUACAUCCCCAAGGUCGGGAUGACGACGUACACUAUCGUGCCUCCGAAGUCGCUGGAGAAACUGAGAUAUUUUGAAGUCGCUCUGACACUGGAGUCUCCCCCUGCAGCCUCGGAGGAUGAUAGCACCCGUCAGACUAAUGAGAAGGUGAAACUAAACCAAGAGACGGAGACGUCGAAGGAAAACAAGGAGCUGCAGUCUACUGUAUCCAGGGAAGACGUUCCGACUGGGAUCGCCACGACACAGUCUACCGUCAAUGGGAGUUUACCUCCUCCAUCCUCAUUGGUUCCCAGUCCAUCUACAGAAUCUGACAAAACGCUAAGUUUAACGAAUGCUGCAUCACAAACAGAUCAACCUGUGGAGGCCAAGGAGAAUAAAAAACCCCCUGCCACUAAACCCAAGCCCGGAUCUUUCCGCCUGUCGCUGCACAAAAAAACACCUGGCUAUUAUGUAACUUCAGCAGCAGAGAAGAGUUUAAACACCAGUCCUGUCUCCGGCCACGCAGACGUUCCUGGAGGGGCAGAAAGAACAGUGUUUCCAUCUCCUCCACUCUCACCUUCAGUGCAGCGUCAAGAAGAAACAACAGGGACCGCCAGAGUCCGCCUCAGUCCCGCAGGCGGAGUUCAGAACGUAGCUGCGUCGACAUUCGUCAGGCAAAGCAGUUUGCCGUGUAAGGAGUCACGUGUCGGGUUAAGUCUGGAGAAAUUGAGGUGCUUCGCAUCCCCGAGGCCGUACUCCCCUUCGACUCCAUCGCGCUUCGCCCAGGCCGUCUCAUCGGCUGUGAAACGGAGCCAGCCGUUAUCCUACGGUCAGAAAUCACCGAGCUCACCCACGUUUUCUCCGACUCGUCCAAACGUCCUACAGUCCAAGGACUCGUCCAUGCCCAGGGACGAUGGAAGUGGUGAGGAAGAGAACAACAAAAGCUUCAUUUUGAAGCAGGCGGAGGUUGAACCACCAACUUUCCCUGAGCUCGUUAAGUUAGAAGAAGAGAGCUGUCCGUAGAAGUGCCUCAGGUCACCUGACUAUCUGUUCUCUACUGAAUACCUUGUCCUGUCAUAUUUGAGGUCUCCAGGACAGAGGACCACCAACUGUCUCAUGUUCUCCUCUUCUAACUAAAAUUCCACAAUGUAUAUAAAAUAAUGUAUUUGAAAGUAAGAAGUAAUUUCUGUUCACACGUCUUUUGUGCAUUAUUUCCGGCAGGACUGCAUAUAUCUUAUUAUGUUCCCUUUUCCUCAUAUGAGCUGUUUUUGCAUAUGCACAUCCUGGUUAUGACUAAACAGAGCAGUGUAUCUGAACUGAAUUUCUAUAGUUAAGUUAUUUGACUAAUUUUGUCCCAGUCUUAAUGAAACUGUUUUCAAAUUAAUCUCAAUAAAACUGGACAGAACAGGUCGGGCUCACGGUACUGAACUGCUCCAGAGAUUAUACUUUAAAUCUAUAUUUAAGUGUUAAGUGAGUUUUGAUUAAUCAUUGCAGGAAUACACUGUUGUCCUCAGCCCGCCUGUUCUUGUCAAGUUGUGUUGUAAUGAAUAAAGUUUUUUUUUUCUAUCAGUUGUCA